CACGGUCAGGAUUGAGGUUAAUCAAUUAUAGCAGAGGAGGCGGGAUUAAGCACCUGAGAAGCAAAACGCAGGGCAGCAAUUUCCCAACAAACAGCACGAAUGAAUGUAGUUAGCAUGCGUUGAGUAAGCUAUCGAGGUUCACCUCUUCUCUAGUCUACUGUACUGACUGACCCGCAUGCUGUGACUGGUCGCUGUCGUCGAGCUGCAGCUACAAUGUUGCCCUCAGCCUGCACCCUGGUCAGGUCUGCUGUCAGGCUGCUGCCACGGACGAGCUGGAGUCGAGGAUGUGUGUGGUGCCCGUGCAGAAACAUUUCUGUGAAACCAGGAGGUUUGAAACCAAAGACCGUUCCUCCUCGGUACCUGGGCCAGCCCAGCCCUUUCACUCACCCACACAUCGUCAAACAUGGUGAGGUGACCCCAGGCUUGAGCCAGACAGAAUAUGAGCUCCGCAGACACAGACUGGCCUCACUUAUCGAGGCCCAGGCGGACAGGCUGGGACCCUCUACCUCCUCUGGCAACCAUGUGGUCAUUGUUUUGUCCCAUCCAACCCGCUACAUGACCAAUGACAUCCCUUAUCCCUUCCACCAGAACCAGGAUUUCCUCUACCUCAGUGGCAUCUUAGAGCCUGACAGUGCCUUGGUUCUUUAUGGGAAAGGGCGACCAGACCAGGCGAUCUUGUUCGUCCCCCGCAGAGACCCAGGGAGAGAGCUGUGGGACGGACCCCGGUCAGGGAAGGACGGGGCGGCUGCUUUGACCGGCAUAGAGAGAGUUCAUAGCACAGAAGAACUGGGUGUUGUGCUCAAGAGCCUUAAAGGCACUCUGCUGUGGUACGACAGUUCUCAGCCGUCCCAUCCUCGGCUCCACCAGGUGCACGUGGGUCCCAUGCUGGAAGCGGGGCCGGUGCCGCGCUCUCUCAGAUCCCUCAUACACUCUCUCAGGGCCAUCAAGAGCUCAGCAGAGGUGGCACUCAUGCAAGAAGCAGGUCGCAUCACAGCACAGGCUUUUAGGAGGACGAUGGCUCUGUCUCAUGGAGAUGUGGAUGAAGCUGUGCUCUUUGCUAAGUUUGAUUUUGAGAAUCGACUCCAUGGUGCCAACUUCCUAGCCUAUCCACCUGUGGUUGCUGGAGGGAAUCGAGCCAAUACUCUGCACUACAUAAACAACAACCAGAUUAUCAAGGAUGGUGAAAUGGUGCUGCUUGAUGGCGGUUGUGAAUACUUUGGUUAUGUCAGUGAUGUCACUCGAACAUGGCCAGUGAAUGGGAAGUUCAGCCCUGCCCAGGUUGAGCUGUACGAGGCCGUCCUGGAGGUCCAGCGCUCCUGUUUGUCUCUGUGUUCCCCGGGCGUCAGUCUGGAUCACAUCUACAGCACAAUGCUGGCUCUACUGGGACGACAGCUCAGGCAGCUAGGUAUCAUCAAGGCCAGUACCAGUGAUGCUGAUGCUUUAAAGGCUGCGCGGCGGUACUGUCCACAUCAUGUUGGUCAUUACCUGGGCAUGGACGUCCACGACACACCUGAGCUGUCCCGCUCACAGCCUCUACAGCCAGGAAUGGCCAUCACCAUAGAACCAGGGUUGUACAUCGGCGAGGACAAUGACCAGGCCCCAGAGCGUUUCCGUGGCCUGGGUGUGAGGAUCGAGGAUGACGUGGUGAUCCAAGACAAGGGAGGCCCUCUGAUUCUGUCGUCUGACGCACCGAAGACCAUCGCUGAUGUAGAGCAGGCCUGUGCCCAGAGAUAGGGCAGGACGAGACAGACAAGUGACCAAAUGAGCCACAGGAUCGAUGGCAAGCAGUGUACUGUGAUUUUUCAACCGUCUCCACGGUGAUCACGUCAUCAGGCUCAGGGCCCAGGUACAUGAAAGGUGGGAGCACACUGCAAGACUGUGGUUUUAGUCUCAACAAAGCCUCAAAAAUUUAGAAAUGUGGUAAUGUGGAAGAUCAUAGAUUUUGCAGACGCUUUUCUGCCUAAAUGUUCAAAGAAACACAGUGGUUUCAUGUUUUGUUGGCAAGUGUUCUCCCACACUGCUGUCUUCAACACUAAAGUUAGCCGUUGUCACGAAACAGGAGCGCACAAAGUCUUGUCAAUACGUAACUGAACAAGACGCUGCACUCAUUACACUGAUCAAUCUUUCAAUCUGCAUAAGACCAUAAGUUCCAAAACAGAAAACCAAAUAAGUAAACAUGGUGUUGUUGUCACUCUAAGAAUGAUGAAGAGCUCAUCUACAGUAAAGGUGGAUAUAGUUGUGUUAAGGUCUACGUAGUGGUGUACUACACUGUUCAGCAGCAAUGCCACAUGGAGACUGGUCCUCAUCACACGCAAUCCACUUAUCAUUGUGAUGGUGCUAUCAACAGGUAAAAUAUGACGUUGAACCAUAAACCAAAACCUAGAAACAUCUGUUAACCCUUUUCAUUAAGAAUAUAUCCAACUAAAGACCCAGUAUUAAGAUCUAACAACCAUGUCAGCAUUUUUCGUGACAGACUGAUGAACCAAAUGCAUAAAAAUAUCAGCUUAUAUAAAUCAGUUUGCUCCACACCAUGUUCUUCAGUAUUAACACCAUCAUUGCACACCAGGAUAUAACUAUGUUUAUUGUCUCACUCAUAUAACUUCUAAAGCCUACAUACACACGCUUCAUUUGUCUCUUACACACAAAAAUACACAGUUGCCAUCAUUCAACUCAUGCUACAGUACACAGGCUCUAAACAUCACUCACUAUACUGUAUGAAUGAUCAGGAAGGACCAGGGCAUGUCAAAUCAGCAGACCACCAUGUUUAUGCACACAAGUAAUGAAUAAAGAGGACUCUGUCCAAAAGAGAUGCUCCUGAUAAAUCUGGAAUGAUAACGAUUACACCAAUGCACUGAAAUCGUUUCAAAAGUAUACAUUGAUAAGAGAUUAUGUGUGUGUUUUGUUUUUUGUGUGUGUGUGUGAUUGUGUGUGUUCUCUUUUAAAGAAAAUUGUGUAUAUGUAUUAAAAAGAUCUCUAUU